AUGCCUCGCUUCGUCCCCCGCCAACGGAAGCACAAAGUGCUCGCCCGCCAACAGGCGCAAGCUGGACCGUCUUUGGCAAACGCCCCCCCGCCGCAGUCCAACCAAGAAAUCAUAGUCCCGCAAAGCAAGGCGGAGAGAGAGGCAAAGAAGCAGAAGUUGAGAGAAGAAUUGAGAGCUCAGCAACCGCAUAUCUCAAGUAAAAAGCAGAAGAGAUUGGACAAGUACAUUGAGAACAAGUUGAGGAAGGACGAGACGUUGGACUUGUUGCGGAAAUUAGAGCAAGAGAAGGAGAAAUAUGAGGCUGUUGUCGCAAAGAGCUCCGGUAAUUUGGGGAAACGCACGUUUGGCGAUUUCCUGAGCGACACAGGGCCAAAGUCAAAGCGCCAAACACAGAAGAUCCCACAGGUGCAGGAUGACUCCGACUUAGACAGCGAGGCCUCCUUCGAGACCGAGCACAAGGAAGCGUUUGAUGAAGAGAAAAGGCUGGAAGAGCCUCCAAUACCGCAUGGGCCUCAGCGGGCACAGGGAAGCGGUCUUGCCCAGCCAUUGGCACUAGACGAAAAUGGAUUGCCCAUCAUACAGUCUAGAAGGAGCAAUAAACGGAUCCGACCCCGAGACGAGGUUCUACUGGAGUUGCCAUGGGAAGGCUUCGAUUCUGAGCCAAGUAUAAAUGAACAAGAUUCAGAGGGAGGGGACUCAGACAACGAAGAAGAAGGGUCGAGUUCCGGGACCCCUAACUCGUCGAGCGAUUCAGAGGACGCCUCAGAUGGAGAAGACGAUACAGAUACGUCCGAGGCCCACGAGGAGGAUGACGGUGACAAAAUAAAACCCAGGAACUCAGCCUUCAAAGCAUGGGCAACCCAGCAACUAAAUCGAUCCAUGGGGCAUACACCAUCUUACACACCGGGCGAAGGACAACUAUUACCUGUACCCAAACCUGCCACAAAAUCAGAGGCUCAAUCUAGAGAACCACCUGCAGCAACUCUGGUGCCAAAUCCUGUACCCAAUCGAAAAGCGUACGCUGUGCAUGUCAGUCGGCCCGAAGAUAUACAACAAGCUCGAUCCCAACUGCCGAUUCUCCAACGUGAACAGGAAAUUAUGGAAGCCAUUCACAAUAACCCGGUAGUGAUCAUCAAAGGUGACACCGGCAGCGGGAAAACCACACAGAUACCACAAUUUCUCUUCGAAGCCGGCUACGGGUCACCGGAUGGACCAACUCCAGGCAUGAUUGGAAUCACCCAGCCUCGUCGUGUUGCUGCAGUCAGCAUGGCGAAGCGGGUGAGUACUGAGCUGGGAGAACAUGGGCACAAAGUGGCAUAUCAGAUCAGGUUCGACAGCAACGUCUCGUCGAACACCGCUGUCAAGUUCAUGACCGACGGCAUCUUGUUGCGCGAGCUCUCCGAGGAUUUGCUGUUGAGGAAAUAUUCCGCGAUUGUCGUCGACGAGGCCCACGAGAGGAGCGUCAACACUGACAUACUGAUUGGAAUGCUUAGCAAAAUUGUUCCAGCGCGGAUGCAGAAGAACCAAUUCAAUCCGAAUCCGACUCCCCUCAAAUUGGUCAUCAUGUCUGCUACACUCAACAUUGGUGAUUUUCUCCACGAGAAGCUCUUCUCAGCGUCCCUGCGACCGCCCAUAGUUGAAGCUGAGGGACGCCAACAUCGUGUAACAACACACUUUGCGCUAAGGUCACGAGCAGAUUACGUGGAAGAAGUGAUCGAAAAGGUCAGACGUGCUCACCGGAAACUUCCUAGAGGCAGCAUCCUUGUUUUCCUAACUGGUCAGAACGAAAUCAAGCAGGUCGGCAACCGACUGAAUGCUCUCCUGGCCCGGGGGAAUGACAGCAGGGGCCGGACGAACGCACCUCGAGUAGAAAUCGCUGCAUGUGAAGCACCACUUGAAGUUGAGGACUUCGAAUUGAGCGCUGUGAAAGUGGACGACGAACAGGACGAUUUUGAGAUGGAGAUUUUGACGCACUCAGAAGAUGAAGCGGAAGAGAAGGAGUUUGAUAUUUCAGAUGAUGAGGACCAAGAGGAAGAUGAGACAACGGCUUCUCAAAUUCGGGUACAUUCGAAACCAAUGGACCCAUACACAUCUGUUCAUAUUCUCCCGCUCUACUCGCAACUGCCCACCGCCGAACAACUAAAGGUUUUUGAACCCCCGCCUCCCGGGGCACGACUGAUUGUUCUUGCAACCAACGUAGCCGAAACGAGUCUGACCAUUCCCGGUAUACGCUACGUUUUUGACACUGGUCGCAGCAAGGAACGAAAGUACAAUCUUGACACGGGCGUGCAGAGCUUCGAAAUCGACUAUAUCAGCAAAGCCAGCGCGCAGCAGCGUGCCGGCCGUGCGGGACGUACAGGGCCAGGCCACUGUUGGCGGCUCUACUCAUCAGCAGUAUAUGAGCAAUUCUUUCCCGAUCAUGCAGAGCCCGAAAUUCUAAGGGCACCCGCCGAGAGUGUGGUGCUGCAAUUGAAGGGGUUCGCCUAUCCACGACCGAUCGCUGAAUUCCCGUUCCCGACGCCACCGGCUGCCCAGACUCUGAACAAGGCAGAGCAAUUGUUGAGGAACCUUGGAGCCCUGACGAGUAGCGGUUCGAUCACGGACUUGGGAAGACAAUUGUCCAUGUAUCCGCUGUCGCCUCGCCUCGGUAAGAUCCUGGCAGCGAGUGUAGCCGAGCCAGACUUGCUUUGGCAAAUUCUCGCACUCGUCUCCGCUCUCGCGGUACCGGAGAUCUUUGUCACAGAAGCGCAACUCAAUCUCAACGAUGACAAGACCACGGCAGCCGUUCGUCAACAAGAUAACGAAGACGAGGAGGGAGAGAAAGGAGUAUACACGAUCGAGAAGCAACAGGAAGACGACCGCCGCGAGAAGCUCCGACAAGAGUAUGGCCGUGCCCGGGCCACGCUGAGCAAAAACGACAAAACCUCGGACGCAAUGAAGCUUCUUACCGCUGUGUCUCUAUAUCUCGACAGCAGCUCUCCGGCCAGCAGAGAGGCCCUGUGCAAGUCUCUCUUCCUGCGGCCCAAAGCCAUGGCAGAAAUCGCCCAACUGCGUGAUCAGCUGGACCAUCUGGUGCGCAUGAACCAUCGCAACACAAUCACCACUGAAACGAUCUCCAAGGCCCGAAAAACGACCAAAGUCUCCUCGUUGAGCAAAGUAGCCACAAAAAUCAACACAAUCGUCGCCUCGGGUUACAUUGACCAAAUCGCCAUCCGCUACGAUAAGGCGCCGCAACCCCCAUCCGACAUUCCCAUAAAACCGCGCCGGCCGAUCGACGUGCCUUACCUCCCGCUGGUCCCUCUGCACGAGUCCCCGUCUGCCCCACUGAACGAGAAAGCCGUGUUUAUCCACCCAUCAUCCGUCCUCGCAAGGGCAAACAUCAAAGACCUGCCCGAGUAUAUCUGUUACAGCCACCUACAGCGUUCCCAGACCCACACCAUCACCAGCGCAUCAUCCUCUUCGCACGCGAUCCCCAAGACGAGAAUGUUCCCCCUCACGCCCGUCACUGCUGCUCAGCUGGCGUACAUUGCUCGCGACACGGCCCUGGUGAACUACGGCAAACCCGUCCCCAAGACCAAGAUCGAGGAGAUGCCCGGAUCGCCGAGACGGAGGGAGUGUUGGGUUACGGUUGAGUUGCGCGCCAGUGUUGGCGGUGCUCUGGGCUGGCCCCUCCCGCCGGCAAAAGUCAGGCAGGUCAUGGAUGUGAAGAGCAAGACGGGCUGGAGGGUCGAGAAGGUGCUCACCUAA